AUGGAUACUGAAUCAACAGGCGACGGAACAAUAGUACCACCUUCGCUCCAACGCAAACCGUCCUUCAGCUCAACGCGGGGGCAUGUACCUUCAGGAAUCAAGACCGAGCAGCUGGGGUCUUCUUUCAAGAUGAGAGUCGAUGAAGCCUCACCCGUCAGUUUUCUGGGCGACAAGAGCGUUUUAGCGGAUGGUCAAGAGACAGGAAGAAGCGACAAAGAUGACACCAACAGCAACACUGACAACAAGGACGACGAUGACUUUUUUGACUGGGAGGAGGACAAAAUCUAUGAGGUACAGCAGGGCAAGCAAGCUCGGAGCAGUAUCGACAAACCGAGGAUGUUACAGGACGAUGUCUGCUGUCGACCGUUGCACUGUCGAUUCCACCCAUGGAUCCUCAAGUUGAUCAAGCAUGCAUUCCUGCUCACCUUCUUGCUCAUCCCCAAGUUCAUCUUGCACCAUGUCCAUUCGCGCCACCACGAGACGAUUGUGCUGAUCGAGGACGGGAGGCCCUACAUGGCUGUCGUGGUAGGGAAUCAUAUCGGCUACUUUGUGAUGCAGCUCCUGAUCAUGGCUCUCUUCAAGAUUAUCCACAGGUUUGGGUCCGUCAAGGUCAAGAUCACCCUAGAGACGCAUGACGGAUUGGUCCCUCAUAUCGCACGGUCCUGCUGGCUCUUUUCUCUGAUUGGAUUUUGGGCGGUCUUUGUACACAGCCCAACAUGUAUGUUGGCCAAGAGUCGACUAGGUCUAGCAGACACGCUCCCGGGUGGAGUCGACAUGCAUUGUCGUCGAUGGAUCUUUUGGUGGGUCUAUCGGUGUCUCUGGGGGAUCCAGGCCAUGAACAUGCUUUACAUCGUGAAGCGAUACACCAUGCAAAUUCUCUCGGACCGGUUCGAACAGGACAACUCCAAGUUUGUCGAGCUCAACUUUCAGGGCCAUGUUCUGGACGGCCUUCAAAAGAUCAAGCAGCCGAGGGCGAGCCGACUAUCGAGUCUGCAUGCACCUCAGUACCACCUGAGUCAGCACCAUCACACGCAACGCUGGGCAGAGAAAUCGACAUCUUGGUUGGCCACCACUUAUCAGGGAGCGCGAUCGCCAGGCGCUAGUCGACCCAAUUCACCCAAGGACGACAAACCUUUGACGGCAUCGAUUGUUGCGGAUUUGGCGACUGGAGGAACAGCUGGAGGAAGAAGUGCGAGGCAGAAUUCAACUUGGCAGCUACUGAAGAGAUCGAUCGCUCGGCGGACACGGACCGGUCGGCCUAAUAUGUCAGGAACUGCGGCGUCGAUCAUUGGAUCCAUGGCUGACGGCGACAAGGACCAUGAGCUGGAGCCCCAGGAGUUCUUCCGGAUGAGCAAGAAGCGCAAGUCCAAACUUAUCCACAGCCUCCGCAACAAGCCCAUCGAGAACCCGAAUAAGAAGGCAAAGGACUUGUGGGCACGGAUAUGUCCAUCACACAGGAACCACCUUGAGCGCAUAGAUCUGGAGCAACAAUUCAAAAAGGAGAUCAUGGACCGCGUCUGGAAGCUGUUUAACCCCAGUGGAGGAGACAUCGUCACGCGUGCCAUGUUCAAACAAACAAUCGUGGAUAUGGUGAAUCUACGUAAGAGUUUCACGUCUACGCACAAGACGUUUGAGAAUGCGAUGGCCAAGCUCGAUAUGCUGUUCAACUGUAUUGUACUCCUCUUUGUGAUUGUGGCCUUUCUGAUUGCCUACGACAUUGCCGUGCAGCAGUUUGCAGUCGGCGUAUCAUCGUUGGUGGUUGGAUGUGCAUUUGUCACAGGAACCUCAGCCAAGAAUGCCUUCGAGUCAAUGGUGUUCAUCUUUGUCAUGUUGGCCAAGCCGUUCGAUGUCGGUGACAGGAUCGAAUUGGAUGGCGCCUACUUUACCAUUAUCACUAUUCAUAUCCUGAGCACCGAGUUGAAACGAGGAGACGGAAUGCAUGUCUUCUCGCCCAACUAUGUCCUUGCGACGCGUAACAUCAACAACCUCAGUCGGUCAUCGGACCACGUCGAGAACAUCUGGAUGGACAUUCCCCUCUUCAGUACCGCACGGACAAUUCAAAAACUCAAGCAAAAGAUCCAAACCUACGUUGAAGGCGAGGCCGUCUCCGAUUUCCAUAAAAUCGACGUCAUCCUCAACGCGACAAAUAACCAUACAAAGGACGGGACCAGUAAAGCCUGUCUCCAGGUUCUGUGUAGAGUCUUUCAUCGGUCUCGGUGGGUUGAUUCAGAGUUUGGGGCGAGGAAACUGAAGUCGAUUUUGUUUUUGAGGGCGGCGUUGAGUGAGUUGGAGCAGGAGGAUUUGAAAGAUUUGAUUGCGGUGAGGAGGGCGAUGGGAUAUGGGAAUCAUGGUAGUGAUGGUGGACUGCAGGAAGGGGGACAACAGCAGCAGGGACAGGGUGGGAGUGCGACGGUGGUGAAUGAGGCGGGGAUGCCGGUCGGGUAUGUCGGGACUUCGGGAAAUGUCUACGAUCUAACAGGACCUGGAGUUGGCGCUGGAGUUGGCGCCGGAGUUGGAGUUGGGACAGGUCAAGCACCACCUAGAACAACAGAGUCAAGUCCUGCUGUUGGAGCCUGGUCCCAGAACGAGCUGGGCGCGGUCUAUCUGGCAUGCGACGUUGCCGAGACUCUCCAAAGGUCGUCCGUCACCAAUGCGCUACAACAGAACGGCGUCUCCAUGUCCACUCAGCAAGAGCAACAUGGAAUCAACAACAACCACAGCACAUAUGACCCGCGUCAACAACGCCAACAGAAUGAAUGUAUGUCAGGACCACAUUCAGGAACUGGAACUCUCCCAGGAUCACCCGGUAGUCUUCAUAGCCAACAACAGCAGCAUCAAAGAUAUCCCAACUACAACCUAGACUCGCGACAUAUCCUUGUCCCCGAGACCAUCCAGCUCUCGACCAAUGGAGCCAACUUCCAACCCUACCCUAACGGCUUCCAGUUCCAGCGGUAA